AUGAAUUUCCUCCGAAGGCGCCUCUCGGACAGUAGUUUUGUGGCCAACUUGCCCAAUGGCUAUAUGAUGGAUCUGCAGCGUCCUGAUAACUCCACUAGCUCUCCAGGUUCUCCAGCAACUGAGAGGAAGCAACAGCAACAGCCAUCUCAGCCAUCACCCUCUUCCUCUUCUGGAACCAGUAUUUUCAGUUCCAUCUCCAGUGCCAUGAAGCAGACCACACAAGCAGCUGCAGGACUGAUGGAGCACUCGGCAAGCCCUGCUCCUGUGGCUCAGAAACCCAAGAUCCUUUUGGUGAUUGAUGAUGCUCACACGGAUUGGGUCAAGUAUUUCCAGGGGAAGAAGGUGAAUGGAGAAUUUGAGAUCAGAGUGGAACAGGCUGAGUUCUCAGAGCUGAACCUGGCUGCUUACGUUACUGGUGGCUGCAUGGUGGACAUGCAGGUCAUGAGGAACGGCACCAAGGUAGUAAGGUCCUUUAAGCCUGACUUUGUUCUGGUUCGACAACAUGCAUACAGCAUGGCGCUAGGAGAGGACUUCCGCAGCCUCAUCAUUGGCCUGCAGUAUGGCGGAGUCCAUAGUGUCAACUCCCUUUACUCCAUCUAUAACUUCUGCAGCAAGCCCUGGGUGUUCUCUCAGCUAAUUAAAAUCUUCAACUCGCUGGGUCCUGAGAAGUUCCCCCUUGUGGAGCAAACAUUCUUCCCAAGCCAUAAGCAGAUGCUCACAACCCCAAAUUUCCCUGUCGUGGUCAAGCUGGGACAUGCUCAUGCUGGAAUGGGGAAGGUAAAAGUUGAGAACCAGUAUGACUUCCAGGACAUGGCCAGCGUGGUUGCCAUGGCGAAAACCUACGCCACCACUGAGGUGUUCAUCGACUCCAAGUACGACAUCCGAAUCCAGAAAAUCGGCAGCAAUUACAAAGCUUACAUGAGGACAUCCAUCUCUGGAAACUGGAAGGCAAACACAGGUUCUGCCAUGCUGGAGCAGAUCGCAAUGACAGAGAGGUACAGACUCUGGGCGGACUCCUGCGCCGAGAUGUUUGGAGGCCUCGAUAUUUGUGCCGUCAAAGCUGUCCACAGCAAAGAUGGGAAGGACUAUAUCAUUGAGGUGAUGGAUAGCUCGAUGCCCCUGAUAGGGGAGCACGUGGAGGAGGACACACAGCUCGUAGCUGAUCUGGUUGUCUCCAAAAUGACUCAACUUCUUGUGACUGCAGGAUCUACCCCCUCACCUCCGAGGCCUUGGGUAAGACCACAACAAGUCCAGCCUCAGUCAAUGAAAUCACAGAUGCAGCCUCAGCCUGGACCUCAGCUUGGACAACCGCCCCAACCACGGCCACCUCCUCAAGGGGGUCCACGCCAGCCUCAGGGAUCUCAGCCUCCACGGACUGGAGCACCUCCACAACAACGGCUCUCUCCUCAGGGCCAGCAGCCCCAAAGUCCCCAGUCUAGCUCACCUCAGCAGCAGAGGUCGCCUGGAUCCCCCCAGCUAACACGAUCUUCCACUGGAACCUCCCCAGUCCAGGCCUCCAAGCCGGGCAUCUUCCCACCACAGCAGCCUAGACCCCCUGCCCAAGGACGGGCUCCUGCUCAACAAGGCCUUGGUGAAACACCCAAGCAGCAGGCCUCCCCACAUCCACACCUGAACAAAUCCCAGUCCCUGACGAACACCUUCAGCAUAUCUGAAUCAUCACAACGGGGAAACGCCAACGAAGAUGAGGCAAAAGCUGAAACCAUCCGCAACCUGAGGAAGUCUUUUGCUAGCCUGUUUUCUGAUUAA